CUGAUUGAUCAUAUGAUCGAUGUUCCUUCCACUUCUUCAUAGUGGUUUGUAGUUUGGUGAAUGAUUAUUGUUUAUUUAAACGGUAGGGAAUUUAUACCAUGAAGGGUUGUAUUUUUAAUAUUGAUGCUGGUUAUUUGGAAGGGUUGUGCCGUGGGUUCAAAUGCGGAAUUCUCAAGCAAUCGGAUUAUUUGAACUUGGUCCAAUGCGAAACAUUAGAAGAUUUGAAACUUCAUUUGCAAGGUACUGAUUAUGGGACCUUCCUCGCCAAUGAGCCCAGUCCUCUUUCCGUAUCAACUAUCGAUGACAAACUUCGCGAGAAACUUGUUAUUGAAUUCCAGCAUCUUAGAAAUCAUUCUGUGGAACCACUAUCCACAUUCCUGGACUUCAUUACUUACAGUUACAUGAUUGAUAACAUCAUAUUGCUGAUUACGGGUACUUUGCACCAAAGACCAAUUUCGGAAUUGAUUCCCAAAUGCCACCCAUUGGGUUCCUUUGAACAAAUGGAAGCCAUUCAUGUUGCUGCCACCCCUGCAGAAUUGUACAAUGCUGUGCUGGUGGACACUCCAUUGGCUCCAUUCUUUGUGGAUUGUAUCAGUGAGCAGGAUUUGGAUGAGAUGAACAUUGAAAUCAUCCGCAACACUCUGUACAAAGCUUACUUGGAAGCCUUUUAUGAUUUUUGUAAACAAAUUGGAGGAACUACAGCUGAUGUCAUGUGUGAAAUUUUGGCUUUUGAAGCUGAUCGUCGUGCUAUUAUAAUUACUAUCAACUCAUUUGGAACCGAGUUAUCUAAAGAUGAUCGUGCUAAGCUUUACCCUCGCUGUGGUAAGUUGAAUCCGGAUGGACUGGCUGCACUGGCACGUGCUGAUGACUAUGAACAGGUUAAAGCAGUGGCUGAGUAUUAUGCGGAGUACUCAGCCUUGUUUGAAGGUGCUGGGAAUAAUGUUGGCGAUAAGACGUUGGAAGACAAGUUCUUUGAACAUGAGGUAAGCCUUAAUGUGCAUGCCUUUCUACAACAAUUCCACUUUGGAGUCUUCUAUUCAUACCUAAAGCUGAAAGAACAGGAAUGCCGUAACAUUGUGUGGAUUAGUGAGUGUGUUGCCCAAAAACACCGUACCAAGAUUGACAAUUACAUUCCCAUAUUUUAAUUUUCUUAAGUUUGUGUAUACCUACCUAUAUACCUAAAUGAACGUUAAUUCAAUUUCUUUGUAUAUAUUACAUAACAAGUAUAAAUAAGAUGUCUACUGGUCAUUUGUUUGAAUGAACUUGCAUAUAAAAAUAUUUAGAACAUUGUUUUUAACCAGCUUUAAGAGCAGCAGUAUCAUGUUAUUUUCAACAUUAAAAUUUUAUGAAAAUAUAUUAAAAUCAUUUAAUAAAGUGUAGGUAUAGAAUAUUAAUUAUUGUAUAAAUAUUUAUGCUCCUGUAAAUUUUUAAUAUUGGAUGCAAUAUCUCUAUUCAAUAUUUUUUAGGAACUGUAAAUGUAAUGAAAAUGUGUCUCUGCCUACUUCAGAAAUGAGGUGAUCGUUAAUAAACCAGUCCAGUAAAAACGUAAAGAUGAGAGUAUUGUUCCCUAUUUAAUGAAAGUUAAAUCGAUUUGCAUUAAAUUGAUUUAUUAUUGUCAAUCAGGCAAGUAAAAAUAUUACCAUUAGACAUUUAUUGUUAGAGAACAUAUAAAUUAUAAUUAUUUCCAAUUAUUAAUAUAAAAUUUAAAUGUUAUCAAUAAAAAUAAUGGAAAUGUAACAAAUCUAGUUCUAUUAAUAUUGUUCUAUUUUAUUGAAGGUAAUUUUAGAUUAUAUAAAUGUAUGCAGUAAAUAAAUAAUUUAUGUAUCUUA